AAAAGAUCUAAUGAAUACAAUAGAUAGUUUAAUAGAAACAUUUUAUUGGAACUCAAUCUGUAAAACAAUAUGGAAAGAGAAUACAGAUCAAUUGGAUGAAAUUAUUGAUUGGAUCCAUUCAGAAGCGGUUGUAUUGAAUGCAAUUAUACAUAGUAAUAAUAAUAAUCUUAAAAUACCAUCAUAUGAGAAAAUGAUGAAAGUAAUUAAUUUUCUUAAAGAAAAUAAUUUUUGGCGUUCUCAUCCAUAUUCACUGAUUAUUAAUAAUCAUAGAACUAAUAAUGAUGAUAAAACUGUUGUUAAGCCAAAUCAUCAAUUAUAUAUGAAAAAUAUUAAAGAUUUAUGGGAAAAUAAUAAAGAAUUCAAUAAUGAAUAUGAAAAAUAGUACAGUAAUUAAAUUGAUAUAAUGAAAAAAACUAUUGAGAAUAGAAAUAUGACCAAAUUAAUGUAAGUGUGUAUGUUACUUACUUACGGCUGCUACUCCUAAUGGAGCAUAGGCCACCGACUAGCAUUCACCAACUCACUCUGUCCUGGGCCUUAAAUGUGUAUAUUGAUGAUUAGAUAAUUAAAUGUACUUUGUUUUUGUUUGGAAUAUUCCCAUUUGAUUUGUUAUUUAUGUAAAUAAUCAUAAUAGAACUUUUAAGUGUAUUGAAUCUUUCUUACAUUGACUCAAUUUCUUUUCUUUAGAUAUAAGCUUCGAUUAUAUAAAUUUUAAUAUAGUGAAAAUUCCCAUUUUGACAUUUGGUGAAUAAUAAAGAAGGAAUGAAUCGAGCGAAGAGAUUUCUUUUCAAUUAGUUUAUCAUCAGAAUGGGUUUUGUGGAGAUUUUUAG